AUGUUGCUCCUUGACUUGUUCGGCAAGAAGCUGCAGGAGAGCAAGGAAGAAUACUCUCAGAAAGUCAGAGAUCUGCAAAGAUGGCUCAGUGAAACCACAGAGCUACAUGAACAGCAAAAAAUCAGUUUAAAACAGACCAUUUCUGAUUUGCAGACCAAACUUUUGGAAGUGCAGCUGGAAAGAGAUACACUUGAGGAUAUGAGGCAAAGGGAGUCCCACAGCCAAGAGAGCAUAAAAAUGCAGCUUAAAACUACCAUUCAAGAAUUGGAAACAGCCAAUUGCCUGCAGGAGGAGAUGCUGAGAGAAGCUGACAGCCAAACGGAGCAUCUGAAAAAGGUGGUCCAUGACCAUGAGGAAGUACUCAUGGAAUUGCGUGGCAUUCUAAUGGACUACAAAGACAGCACAGGCAAGAAAGCCUUGCAGGAGCAAGAGCAGGAGAACAUUGCCAGCCUCCAAAUCCACAACCUGAGCGCAGCCUUUACUGAGGUCCUACGGGAUUUAGACUCGGAGGUGGUGUACCUCAAAGAAAAGAUUGUUCAGGUGGAAGAAGAAUUGGAAUCACUGAAAAAAGACUCACAGACCAAAACAGAUCUUCUGCUUCAGCAACAUCAAAAUAGGAUUGAGCAGCUAGUAAGUGAACAUGAACAGGAGGUGGCAGCAUUAACUGAAAAAGCUAACAGUGCACGCAGCCAUGCGAAUAGUAUCCAAAGCCAGAUGGAGAUCAUUCAAGAACAAACAAGAAGCCAAAAUUCAAUGCAUGAACAUCAAGCUAGUCAGCUGGAAUCUACUGUUUCUCAGCUGCGUUCUGAAUUACGCGAAGCUAAGAGGAUGUAUGAACACAAGGUAGAAGAUCUUGAAAAGCAGUUGCACCUAGCUCGCUCUGAGAUGGCAGAAGCUCAGACAGAGCGGGAUCAGUACAGCCAAGAAUCUGGAAAUCUGGAUGACCAGCUUCAUCAGCUGUUGACUGAACUACAUAAAAAAGAGAUAGAACUAAGUCUAGAAAAAGAGCAGAACAAGAGAUUUUGGGAUCGGGAUAGAGACAACAGCAUCACUAUUGACCAUCUAAGGAGAGAAUUGGAAACCAAGAACAUGGAAUUGAAGCAUGUGGAAAACACAGUGAAGGCAAUGAGGAUGGAAUGUCAGGAACAAACAGAGUGCCAGGUGGCUGCAAUUAAGGAAAAAAAUGAAAGCAUUGAAAGAAUCUCUUCCUUGACUGUCCAACUGGACUCAACGAAAGAGAUGCUCCGUAAAGUUAGGGAAGAUCUUAAAGCCAAACAGGUAAAUUUAGAGGCUGCUGAGAGAACAGUAUCAACUCUGACAGCCUGCCUGCAGGAGAAAGAGAGAGCUGUUGACGUUACCAAUAAGGAAAUCAAGAAGCUACGUGCGCAGGUUGACAGCAGGAUGCAGGAGCUUCAGCACCUGAAGAAUGAAGGAGACCGUUUGCACAGCGUGCAGUCAGAGUGCGACACACUGCGACUGCAGGUGGUAGAAAAAGAAAGGAUUAUUGGGAUCUUCCAAAAGCAAAUUGAUAACAUGACCCAGAUGGUGGGCCAGCACAGUCGAGUUGCUGGAGCAAUGGAAGUUGAGAAGUCUCAGCUUAUGAAAGAAAUCACUGACUGGAAACUGGAAGUACAAGAACUCAAGAUUGUAAAGGAGGAGAAAGAAGCCCGAAUACUUGAAUUGGAGGCCAGGCUGAGUGAGCUGGAACUGGAAAAGGUUAAGCUGGUGAACACGUGCACUGAAAGGCUCCACACGGUUAAAGAUAUGAAACUGGAAAAAGACCAGCUAAUGAAGGAACUGAAAGCCAGUCGCAGUGAGCUAGCUGGCCUUACAGAGGAAUAUGAAGAUUUAAAGAAAAAUUUUCGAGGUAAAACUGAAGAGAUGGAAAAUAAUGCAAAGAAACUGAAAAUGCAGUUAAAAUCAGCCAAAGCUGAGCUGGAUCAGACCAGAGCGGCUCUAAAGACUAUGGAAGGAUCUGAUGGCCAUGCUAUGAAAGUUGCAAUGGGAAUGCAGAAGCAAAUCACAGCCAAGAGAGGACAGAUAGAUGCAUUACAGAGCAAGAUUAAAUUCUUGGAAGAGGCAAUGACAAAUGCAGCUAAGGAAAAAAAUUAUCUCAAAGAAGAAAAUAAUAAACUAAGCCAAGAAUUGAGCUAUAUUGCCACAGAAAAUACCAAGAUGACUGGGGAACUGGAGAUCCUGAGGUCACAAGACAAACGUCUGAAAGAAAAAAUAUCCAAGAUGGAGACAGCCCUUGACAAGGCAUCCAUGCAGUUUUCAGAGUGUCAGUGCAUAAUCCAGUGCCAGGAGCAAGAAGCAAUGCGCUUCAGGUUGCAGCAUGCUUUAGAUGUGAAAGAGCUCCAGGGCCUGGGCUACUCCUCAGCCCCUGCUCCAGGCAGGCAGCGACCUGUGCUCCCGCUGCCCCAGCAGCACGCUGCGAGCGGGCCGCCUCGCCUGCCCCCGGCCAGCGGCGUUCCUCACAUGCCACCCAAAUUAAGCAUUUUGAAGGAGGAACCGCUUCGAGAUUUAAAGAAGAUUCUUCAAGAAUUAAGCUCAGACAGUGAGAUCCCCUCUGUGGCUCUUAGCAAGAACGACAGUGAUGGUGCGAGAACAUCACCUGUAGCAACCGUGAGGAACACGGUGGAUCCUUUACCUUUGCAUAUUGCAGAUCUUCAGUCCCAGGAUGUUUCGCUGCCUUUCACAUCCACAAUAGCUUCUCAGCCUGUGGAGACUAGUGACAAUACAUCUAGGAAGUUACAGAACAAGAUGGAAAGCCUGCAAAACCUGGUGGAAACACUACAGAUGAAAAACCAAGCAAUGUCAUCAAUGAUCAGAACUCAGGAGAGGAAGAUAGAGAAAGUGAAGGAAAAGGAGAAAAAAAUAGCUAAAUGA